UGCAGUAACGACAGUGAAGAAGACAUGUUCGGUGACUACGAUGGCUUUGCUGGAAACGAUUCUUUGCUGGCUCAAGUUGAUGCCAUAGAGCACAAAUACAUGCAGGAUAAGAGUACAGCUGGUACAGCAGCUGGUGAAGCCAGUCUUGAGAAUCUUCAGUCAGACGUUCACCAGCAAACACAGGGUCAGUCUGCUUCAGAAAACAUGCCUGCCCUUAGAGCUGGCCAAGAGCAGCCUUUGGAAAUGAAUAGAAAUGACCCAGUGGGCAGCAGUCCAGAACCAGCUGAAUCUGCUUUGGACGACUUGCCAUCAUCCCAGCUGCUGUAUUUUGACACAAUGGAUGAACUUUCUUCUGGUUCUAGGAUAUCUCCAGUCUUAGAAAGGACAAAUUUGUGUGAGCAUUCCUCCUCAGACAAAACCAGAAGUCCACCAUCUUUUCAUCCUGGUGCUGAACACAGGAACAGACCUGCUGACUUUUCUUCACACUCGAAGUGUGAUCUACCUAAAACUGAGAGUCUUAAAGAUCAUCUGAAAAGUGCUAUGACUGGAAAUGCCAAAGCCCAGACUCUGCAGGUCUCCAAGACCAAGCAGCUUAAAGAAGCUGUUUUAUCUGAAGAGAUUUCUGUUGCUCAGAGAGCUAUUGAAUCCUCCUCCGUGGACAAAGGCCCUUUCUAUGGGUUACCCAGCAAAGUCAAGGACCUGCUCAGACAGCUCCGGGGGAUUGAAACGCUUUAUGAAUGGCAGCACGAGUGCUUGACGUUAGAGUCUCUACAGCAGAGGAAGAAUUUAAUAUACUCAUUGCCAACCAGUGGGGGAAAAACACUGGUAGCUGAAAUAAUAAUCCUCCAGGAGCUGCUCUGCAGGCAGAAGGAUGUUCUGAUGAUCCUGCCAUACGUUGCUAUUGUCCAGGAAAAGGUCUGGGUUAGGGGUUUAUCGAGUUUUGGGAUAGAACUGGAUUUCCUGGUUGAAGAAUAUGCAGGAAGUAAAGGAAGAUUUCCACCCAUCAAGAGGAGAGUAAAAAAGUCUCUCUAUGUUGCUACCAUAGAAAAGGGAAAUGCUCUAGUGAAUUCCCUGAUUGAGACAGGAAGAAUUGAUGACCUUGGGCUUGUUGUAGUAGAUGAGUUACAUAUGCUUGGUGAAGGGAGUCGUGGAGUGACACUGGAAAUAACUCUUGCAAAAGUCCUUUACACUAGCAAGGGCACACAGAUCAUUGGGAUGAGUGCAACGCUGGCCAACGUGGGGGAGCUGCAGCAGUUCCUGCAGGCAGAGUUCUACACCAGCGACUUCCGCCCGGUCUGUGAACCAGAUCCCAGGGACUGGGACACGAGUUCUUUGGCUUGA